GUCGAUAUGAAUACAAAAGAAUAUGAUUCGAACCGGACUUAACACCGCUGGUUUUUUACAGCUAGUAAUUGAAUUUAUAAUUGAAAAAAACUAAGAAAAAUACAGAUUCGACGGCCUUAUAUUCUCGGAGAAUGUAGAAUGACCCAUUAGUGCUAGUCUUUAUGACUUCAUCCUACUUCUCACGGCACAAGUAUCCUGAAUUAUCAUUGAAGGAUUGUAACACCUAACAAUACUAUGCAACCAUUAAAUGAUAUAAUUUUACUGGUCCUCAUCAAAUGAUAUAAUUUGACCAGAUGAACGUUUUGGCCAUUCAAAGUCUUCAAUUUUCUAGACAGAAGAAACCUUCUCUCACUUCUCUAAUGGCUCCAUGGUCUCUUAUUAAUCUCAUGACAUUCCUCCUUAUAUCCACAAAACUCUUGGCCUUGGCCCAAGAUGCAGACCAGUUCAUCUACCAUGGCUUCCGUGGAGCUAAACUGUACCUUGAUGGUCUCGCUGAGAUCCUUCCCAAUGGCCUAUUGCAGAUAACAACCACUUCAAAGCAAGAUACUGGCCAUGCUUUCUGCCAAACUCCUGUCAAAUUUAACACGUCUUCCUCAUCUGGGUCGGCACAGUCUCUUUCAUUUUCCACCUAUUUCAUCUUCGCCAUUGUUCCUAAACUGGGACAUCCCCCGGCCAUGGCUUUGCCUUCACCAUCACACCAUGUCUGGGCUUCACCCAGCGAGGCAUGCCUGACCAGUUCCUGGGUGUUUUCAAUUCUUUCAACAAUGGCCUUACCUCCAACCAUGUACUUGCAGUUGAGUUUGAUAUUAAUAUGAACCCUGAUAUGAAAGAUAUAGACAACAAUCAUGUCGGAAUUGAUGUGAACAGUCUAAUAUCCAAUGUAUCGGCUCGGGCGUCAUUUUUUUCCUAUACAGAAGGGAUCAACAAGAGCUUGGAUCUUACAACUAAAACCCCAACGCAGGUUUGGAUAGAUUAUGAUGGAGUGAAAAAGAUUAUCACCGUUACAUUAGCUCCCAUCAGAAUCGCGAAACCAAAUAAACCUCUCUUAUCGGCUCCCAUUGAUCUCUCUCCAGUUUUCUUGGACUCUAUGUAUGUUGGUUUCUCUGCAGCUACAGGACCAAUUGAAGGUUCGACAGGCAACCACGACAUUCUGGGGUGGAGCUUCAACAAAACUGGGCCAGCACAAAGCCUAGACCUAUCAAAACUUCCUUCCGUUACCUGGCCCAGAAAAUCCAAACGAAAAUUACAUCGAGAUCUUGCAAUCUCGGCCUCGACAGUACUGGUUGUGCUGAUCAUCACUUUGGCUGGGAUUCUUUACAUCCAAAGGAGAAGAAAAUAUGCAGAAAUACUCGAGGAUUGGGAAUUGGAAUAUGGGCCUCAGAGGUUCUCCUACAAGGAUCUCUACAAAGCAACCAAUGGGUUCAACCACAAAGAACUUCUUGGAGUAGGAGGUUUUGGACAGGUUUACAGAGGGGUACUUCCUUCUUCCAAUGCACAAGUAGCAGUCAAAAGAGUCUCCCAUGAUUCAAAACAAGGGAUGAAGGAAUUCGUGGCUGAAAUUGCUAGCAUGGGUAGGCUAAGACAUAGGAACUUGGUCCUCCUCCUCGGCUAUUGCCGGAGAAAGGGAGAGCUUCUAUUGGUCUAUGAUUAUAUGCCCAAUGGUAGUCUUGACAAGUUUUUACACAGUAACGAAAAACAAAGCCUUAAUUGGGCUCAACGGUAUCGAAUCAUCAGAGGAAUAGCAUCAGGGCUUCUAUAUCUGCAUGAAGGGUGGGAAAAAGUUGUUCUUCACAAAGAUGUCAAGGCAAGUAAUGUCCUUCUGGAUGCCAAUUUCAAUGGAAGGCUAGGAGACUUCGGGCUUGCUAGAUUGUAUGAUCAAGGAGAAAAUCCUAGAACAACCCAUGUGGUUGGAACUUAUGGAUAUAUUGCACCAGAGCUUGUCAGAACUGGCAAGGCAAGUACUAGUACAGAUGUCUUUGCUUUCGGGGCAUUUAUGCUGGAAGUAGCUUGCGGACAAAGACCUCUAAAGGUCCAGGGAUUGAUUGAUGAUAUGAGUUUGGUUCGGUGGGUUUUGGAGAAAUGGAAAGAAGGAGCAAUUCUUGAUGCAACUGAUCCGAGAUUGGAAGGUGAUUUUGUGGUAGAGGAAAUAAAGUUGGUUUUGAAGCUAGGCCUGCUUUGUUCGCACUAUAAUCCGAUGACUAGGCCUAGCAUGAGGCAAGUGAGGCAGUAUUUGGAUGGGGAAGUUAUCUUGCCCGAAGUAUUUAUGGAUAUUGAAGGUGCUGGCAUGACUGCAUUAUUUGGGAACGAAGUUUCAAAUGCAUUUGCAAUGACAUUACCUUCAUCAUGUGUUUCUGCUAAUGCUAUGUCUACUGAAUCACUUCUUAACGUAGGACGUUAAAAGUGGAAUGUUUAUUGUAUUUUGACAAAUAAUUACUUAUAUUUCAGUAUCAACCCCUCAUGUUUUGUGAUUGUUUUUGUUGAGACAUUGUAGUUUUAAAUUAUUAUAAUUUGGAAUCGUUUCCAUAUUAUAUGCAAUAAUUUGCGAAAGAGUGAUAUUCUAUAGUUGUAGUAGAUUAAUUCAUA